UUGAUGGAAAACUACACUUACAACAGCUUCACACUCCACCUGGAGGGGUUAAAUGUCUCAAAGGAGUCCAUUUACCCUGUGUAUAUUUUAAUCUUUUUAUCCUACUUGUUUAUAAUUGUUGCAAAUGUGGGCAUUGUAGUUGUGGUUGUCAUGGAAAAAAGCCUUCACCAGCCCAUGUAUCUCCUUUAUGGGAACCUGUCAGUCAACGAUCUACUUGGAAACACUAUCGUUGUGCCCCGUUUGCUUGUAGACUUGUUGAGGCCUCCCUCUGAACGCGUCAUCAGUUAUUAUGAAUGUGUGGUCCAAGCUUUCAUAACACACAUGUCUAGUACCGCUGUUCACACUGCGCUCAUGAUUAUGGCCUUUGACAGAUAUGUGGCCAUCUGCUAUCCCCUGCGCUAUGCUGCCAUAAUGACCAACAAGAUGUUGAUCAAGCUGACAGUUUCUGCCUGGGGAGUGGCCUUUGUUCUGGUCGGGAUUCUUCUCGGUCUGACCAUACGUCUGAACCGAUGCAGGACUCUGAUCAAAAGCUCUUACUGUGACAAUGCUGCACUGUUUAAACUCUCCUGUGAAGAUGUUUCUAUUAAUAACAUCUAUGGCCUCACUUUCACUGUGGUCCUGUUCACAGGUUCAAUAGGCAGCAUUGUUCUCACCUACACCAAGAUUACAGUAGUCUGUCUGACCAGUAAGAACAAGUCUUUGAACAGUAAAGCCUUGAAGACCUGCAGCACUCACCUGGUUGUGUAUCUGAUCAUGCUGAUCAGUGGAUUUGUUGUCAUUAUUUUGCAUCGUUUCCCCCAGUACUCGGACUACAGAAAACUCUCUGCCAUUCUGUUUUUUACUGUCCCAGGCAUCCUCAACCCCAUUAUUUAUGGCAUGCAGUCCAAAGAGAUACGAACAUUUUUGUCUAAGUUGUUUGAGUCUAAGACAAUUUUGCCGUCAUAA